AUGAACAGGCGAGGGCGCUCUUGGGCACGCUCGGUCAGCUACCCAGGCUCAGCUCCUCGGACAAAGGUGGUCACGCGGUUCUUUGCUCCGUUCCGCAGCCUCGGACAGCGGUCGAGCGUAGUGUGCAGCGGCGCAGCCUCUAGCGCAGAGGCAGGCACGUGCUUGACGUGCUUGCCUCACUCGAUACUGAAGACCACUGAGCUGUGUGGCAAUGAGCCUACGGUCGUGUGCGAACAAAGUGUCCAUAUGAGAUUGCGAUGA